UUAAUCUAGAAAUGGUUAUUCGGGUUCUAACCCUUGGACUGUACCAGUGAGCCGCGGUGGGCGGGGCUAACAACUCCACAUACGAACACACGCUGCUAACUUGUGCGGGGGCUGUUUUUUUUUUCUAACAUUUAUAAACACUUUUCCGCCCGAAAAUAAUGACUUCUACAUUUUAAUGUCGCUCUAAUGAAAAUCGUUUGACGCUCUUGCCAAAUUAUGAAAGUUGAGACAACUUCAUCCAGACUGUGGAGUCAGUUUGGGAGAGAAAUAACGGUCCGCGGUGUUAGCUGAAUGUUAGCCUCGCAGCAACAGGUCAGCUAGCUGCUGCUGCUGCUGCGAUCUACGUUGCUCCGUCAUGGAGGGCCCCGUCUUCUCGAAAUACUCCUGGAUCGACUUCGCCUUCUCUGUGGUCGGGGUUUGCACUUUCCUCGUGGACUGGGGCUCGGACGUGUGGGUGGCCACCGAGUUUUACUGCCGCGGGGACUUUCUCUGGUUCGCGGUGCUGGUCGGCCUCAUGGUCCUCUCUUCGGUCGUGGUUCAGAUGUUCAGCUGGUUCUGGUUUAAGUACGACCGAGAGCUGCCGGGGUUCAAUGCCUCUCACAGCGGAGGAGGGACCGUGCUGUUCGGGGACCGAGUGAAGAUCUUCUGCCUGUUACAUGUGCUGCAGCUGGGUUUCCUCUUCAGGCACAUCUCGGCCAUACGUCAGGGCUUCAGAGUGUGGUGGCGGAAAGCGGAAGGGUCAGAGUAUGCGGUUUACCUUACCCAUGACCUGAGCAUGCUGCGACUCAUCGAGACGUUCUGUGAGAGCGCGCCUCAGCUCACACUCAUGAUCUAUGUCAUGCUGCGCACCAACAAGGCCAGGACUGUCCAGUUUGUGAGCAUCGCCGCGUCGACCACGUCCAUGGCGUGGAUGGUGGUGGAUUACCACCGCUCUCUGCGCUCCUUCCUCCCGGACAAAGCCAAGCAGGGCUGGUCUUCCUCCUUGAUCUACUUCCUGUGGAAUCUGCUGCUCAUCGCUCCCCGCGUGGCGACACUCGCCCUCUUCUCCUCUGUGCUGCCCGGCUACAUCGCCGUCCACUUUCUCCUGCUCUGGCCCGUCUUUGUGUUGUGGGUGUGGCGACAGAAGACAGAGUUCAUGGACAGUGCGGGUGGGGAGUGGCUCUAUCGGGCCACCAUAGGCCUCAUUUGGUACUUUAGUUGGUUUAACGUCGCAGAGGGUCAAACCCGAGCCAGAAGCCUCAUCUACCACGCAUUUAUCACCACAGACGCGGGACUCCUGCUGGUGACAUGGUGGAAUUACAGAGACCCUAUCCAGACAGAGUCGUAUGCACUCGCUCUCAUCAUCGCUCUGCCUCUCACUUACCUCCUGGGUCUGCUCUUCAAAUCCCUCUACUACUGCUGCUUCCACCCCAAACUCUGGAGGCCCCCUGUGAGGGACCCGGGUUUGCCCGAUGACCUGCCAGAUGCCCAGGUGUCCGUCAGAGACAUGUCCGUCCAGGACGGAACACCAUUCUCUCAGCUUCUCAACAAACGAAUGGCCUGCCACGCUUCUUUGUUCUACUUGGAGCAGAGAGUCGUUAGAAAGACGGACGACACAAAUAGAGCAGAGUCUUCACACCUCUGAUGUUGCCGUGAGUGUUUCACCUGCAACUGAGUAUAUGCAAAGUCACUUCCUGGUUUUUAAUAAUCCCACACAAUCCCACCAAUCAUCAGUCCCUCACAGCUUUCAUACUAGGGGUGGAAAUCUUUUUUUUUUUUCCGAAAUCUACUGUUUUUUUGAUGGAUUUUAAACACACUGUUUUUUGUUUUGUUUAAAAACAAAAAAAACGUGUGUUUAAAAUCCAUCAUUAAGUACACAAUUGUAUUUACUUCCAUUCGAACAACAUAUUUCACUGGAAUCUAAGAAAAAAUAACAAAAAUCUAAAUCACUCCCUUCUUCUUUUUUCCUGUACUUCAUAUGAACCAAAAUGUUUCCACACGCCACCUUUUAAUCCAGAUUAUGCUGGUCGGAUUUUACACUUUAGCGAUAGUGAGUAGUGACUUUUGGAUGGAAAUUAAAAGAUUUAGUGACAUUUAUCAAUUCUCUGCGAACAACAAUGUUGAUUAAGCGCUCUACCUCUCACUGUUACCUGUUUGUGCUGCCAUUUUACCUGCAUGGGUAUCACCUGAAUGAGCCCCUGGUGGAGGAACACGGUUCUGUAUUCUCGUUCUUUCACCACAGGUAUCUCUACCUGAAACAACAGUUAUCUGAUAAGCUCAAUUUCUAGUAAAACACAGGUGACAUUUGAUAUUUGAUAUGAUUUCUCUUCACAAGCGAGUUAAUGUAUUUUACCUUUUUUUGUACACUGAGUAAUGUUGUACUUGGUGGAAAUAUGUAUUUACCAUGUUGCUAAGGCUUUGAAGGAACUUGAAUAAGGAUUUGAUCAUAAACUUUUCUUCCUCUUGUUACUGAACUGGCUGAACAGCUACAGUGUCAUAGGUCGAUUGCAGAAUAUUUACAUGUUUAACAGAGAACUGGUUGUUCAGUGUUUUACAGUAUUUAACAACACAUCACUCUGUCUUUAGGCGUCAAAUGUUUGAGUGUUUAUUCAUCUUGUUUAGUUUAAUUGUUGCCAAAGUCAGUCUUCACUCUCAGGUCAGACCAGGGCUGCGACGAUUAAUUGAUUACUAAAUGAAAUCGUCAAUUCUGAUGAUUUAAUCGGUUUGUGUUUAAUUUAAACACUUAAAACAUGUUUAUAGCUGGGUUAGCGCCAUAAAACAAAUAGAUUGAAUUAAUUUGGUUUGCGGGCAACACAUUGUUAUUUUGAGGUUUGAUCAACAUUUUCUUGACCAAACUAUUAAUCGAUGAUGGAAAUAAUCGUUAGUCACAGCCCGAGUUCAGACUUUGACAAUCUUCAGUCCAAAAUACCAUAUUUGUGUUAUUUUUACCUGUUAAAGCUGUAAAUGGUUUAUUAAUUAGUUUGAACAAUGUUUCUACAAAGUGAUAAAAAGCCAUUGUUGCUGCUCAGUCUGUUUUUAACUGGUAUUUAAUAACAUAACACUCAAAUAAAUGCCUUUUGUUAAAUAA